AUGUCGUUUGCACCGCUUCCUGCUCCUGGCUCGGCGGCGUCGUCGUCGAUCUGGGCGCGUCGGAUGAUCACCAAAUCGGUGCCGACCACGGAUGCCGAAGUGGAGCUCAACGUUCUUUCGCUGCUCCUCGAUGUGCCUCUGACGUCGCUCGACGAGCAGGAUCUCAUCGGCUCGCCCGUCUCGAUGCACAGUGCUCACUCACCCUGGUCGUCAGCGGCGGCGCCGGGCUGGCAUCACAUCGACUCGAUGGCCGAGGCUCGCUCGACCACGCACCUACGAAGCACUAGCGCUGCUCGCUCGAUGCCUGGUAUUCAUCGGUCCAGGUCGCUGGACUCGGCUUGGUUUGACGACGGCUACUCGCUCGAGAUGCAUGCCGCACAGACGGCAGUCAAGGCGGCUCUCGACGUGCUCGAAGAGCCUAGCUUGAACCGUGGUCUUCGCAUUUCGACGGCUCCGUCUCAGUGUGCAGCUGGAGCUGGAGCUAACUCGCUGCGACUUGGUGGCUGCCUUAGCGCUCCGCUCUCGCCGGCGCUUUCAUCGCCCACGUCGCCCGCCGAGUCGUGCUUUUCGGGCACCGAGUGCGAUGGUACCAAGAAGAAGGGUCGUGCUCGCAUGUCACAGGAAAAGCGCAAGCGGCUCGCUAGGCGACGGGAGCGUGAAGCACUCGUUGCGGCUCUGACGCAGCAGCCGCUGGCGCAGCACGGCGACUAUGCCGGCGGUGCUGCUGGUGCUGGCCAGGUCAGCUACCUCGGCGAUUCGCAUCUCGCAUCUGCUGCUUGCAACAGCCACUUGAGUUACAGUGCACCUGUGACUCGGAUGCACUCGUACUUUGCAGCAUCGGCCAGUCGCGAUCGUGCUGCGAUCAGUGGAGGAUUUCCGUUUGACUCAUCGGCAUCUGACGCGUUUGCUGUGAGCACGCCGUUGUCGUCUCCUCGAUCGUGCACGAUGGGGUUUGCGGCUAGUGAGCUGGCUUCGCCAGCACUCACGCACGCCUCGGUAGCCACGACAGGGUCGGCGUUCGGAUCGAUCGGGACGCGUGCUUCGUCGCCCGUGUCGGUUGCAGCUGGCGGUAGCGAGUGCUCGAGCAGUCCGCCGACGCUCGUCGUGCAGCCUCCGUCUCCGCAACGUCUGCGCGCUACCAGCCUGGUGGCGCGCAUCAAGCAGUCCAGCGCCGCCCAGUGGAACUCUUUUGUGCCGCCUUCAAACCUCGCUUCCGUCUACUGA